AUGUCCGAACUCGCCAUCACCGAAGAGCGCAAAUUAGAGCUGCUCGACAACCUGCAGGACAUCCGCGACCGCGUCAAGGCCGCCAGCGGCGCCUCAAACCCUACUUUGGUCGCCGUGUCGAAGUACAAGCCGGCGUCGGACGUCCUGGCGUGCUUCGAACAUGCAGGGCAGAGAGACUUUGGCGAGAAUUACGUGCAGGAGCUGGUUGACAAGGCCAAGCAGCUGCCCGCAGAGAUUCGAUGGCAUUUCAUUGGGACUUUACAGUCCAAUAAAUCAAAGACGCUAGUUGCCAUCCCGAACCUACACACCAUACAAACCCUCACCUCGACGAAGGCGGCUAACCUACUAAACAAGGCGCUCUCCGAAGCAGGCGAUGCGCAGAGGAGACUCAACGUGCUGAUCCAAGUAAACACCUCCGGCGAAGAGAACAAGUCCGGGCUGCCGCCUCUCACCUCGACGGACGCGACGCUUACCCAGACAGACGCCGCGGACACCCACGAACUCGUCAAACUCGCCGUCCACGUCCUCGAGCACUGCCCCUUCCUACGACUGCAGGGCCUCAUGACGAUCGGCUCCAUCGAGCAGUCCAUUAACGCCAAGGAGGGCGAGGAGAAUCACGACUUCAAGACGCUGCUGGCGACGAGGGAUGCGCUGCAGGCGCAUUUGGGUGCGCGGUUUGCUGAUAAGACGGCUGCAUACGGCGAAGAGGGCCGGCUGCUCGUCAGCAUGGGCAUGUCCGCUGACUUCGAGGCCGCGCUGCGGGCGGGGAGCGACAUUGUGCGGGUGGGGACGGGGAUCUUUGGCGGGAGGCGGACCAAGGAGGAGGUGAAGGGGACGCACUAA